CCCGAUUUUGAAUAAUCGGGCCAGGUGAACCCGAUUCCACUAAAUCGGGCUUAUUGAACUCGAGCAACAAUUUUUCCCUCUUUUUUGCGUUCACAUAGUUUCCCGCCCGCCCUUGCCGCCACCCUUCCCGCCACUCCUUCCCGCCACCCUUCCCGCCACUCCUUCCCGCCACCAUCUGCCGCCAAUUUUAUCCCGCCAGUCGUUCUCGCCACCAUUUCACGCUAUAUUUUCCCGCCCUGGUGUCGAAUUUUAGCCUAUAAAAGCAGGCAGCGCUACUCUGGAUUGCACAAGGUCUUGUAUCUCUAUCUUUGUUCUGUUUGCUCACUCUUAGCCAUCAUGAGUGUGCCGUGCUCUGACCAGGAGUUUAGGCCGGUGAAGGCGAAGGCUGCAAGUUUACCCCCGGGUGUGACUGCGGAGCGUUGUUGGUGCGGCCGUGUUGCUAAGGUUAAGCAGGUGGAGGAUUUCUCCGACCAGUUCGGCAUGAAAUUUUUCAUGUGUGCGAGCUAUGAGCAUGAUCCACCCCGUAGUUCAGCUUCGUCGUCCACCAGGCCGCCGUCUCCCCCGCCCCUAUGCAAAUGGUUUCACUGGAUAGACACGGAGCAGCCGGAUUGGGCGCGCGAGGAGGUUGAGGAGAAACACCGGCGUGUGUGGGCAACGUUCUUUGAGGAGGAGCGUUGGGAAAAGGUUCGUGCUAAUGAGAAAGCAGAGCGAGAGAGGCAGAUACAGAAACUAAGGGCGGAACAAGCUCGUAAUCGAGAGGUGAAUCAGAAGAGGAUGGAUGAUGAGGCUGCACGUAGGUUUGCAGAGGAAGAGGUGCGCAGGGAGGCUCGUGAAGCGGAGAGGAAGAGACUAAGGGAAAGAGCUGCUGAGCGCAAGCGGCAGAAGAACGCGGCGACAAGUCUGGAAAAUGGCCACGGUGGACGCAAGGAAAGUAGUGUGAUGUGUCGUAUUGGCUAUGUAUCUUAAUUUCAGUUGUAUCUUAAAUUCCGUUGUAGUGUCGUUGUAUCUUAAAUUCCGUUGUAGUGAUAAACCGUAUUUUUA